CUGGGCGCGGAGCCGGAGGUGGGCCGCCUGUGAAACUCGGAACGCAGACUCGGACACCUACUCAGAAUCGAUUUAGUACGCAAAUACCCUCUGGAGGGCAGUUGCGCACAACAGCAUCAAGCACUGGGUGGACAUGGAAUUCGGGAAUGAAGUGACUAAUUAUAUGCACCUGCUUCAUGUACUUAGGGUAGCGAUAGAGAGCGACCAUGCGGCCAACUCAUGUGCAGGACAUUACGUAGCCGGGCUCCAACACGCCGUUCGGGUGUCGACAGAUAUGAAAACGGCAUACCAAAUUCAGGUGGAGCAGCUUUCUCUUCACAAGGACAGCACAUUAACGAUUUCUCAAUGUCAAUGCUUUCCACGGUUCUACAAAACGAGCACGCAACACGACGCUUGUAUUCUAUUGGGUAAUCUUGAUCUGGUUGAACAAUGAUUCAUCUCGUAUCCCCUUUCAUUUCGAGUCCCGCUAGGACUGUUUCCACGAAAAACCGAUUCCAACCAUCUUUGUGCCCCCACACCUAACGACAUAAAAUCACAAAGACAGUAAUAUUUUUCAUUUUGAUUUUUCGCAGGACGAAUGUGUUGCGUUGACCACAAUCAGG